CGCACCUCGCAACCCUCCGCCGUUCACAGGUCUGUACGGAGAACCGAACCGAUUGGUUUUGAGCAUUAUUGGACAUUGGUUCGGUUAUUUAUUUGGCCAAAAACGGAGGAAACCGAACCGGUUGCAACUUCGAGUCAUUUUUGGGCUACGCAUUCAAUGUAGCAGCACAUAAACCCUGCCGUAGUUCCGCCAUAGCUUUCCCUCCUAAACCAUUUCCAUUUUUACUCUGUUAUUUGCUUCUGGUCCUUCACUGAGCUCGAUUCGCAGGUAAACGAAAAAUGUCGCUGAGAGUACUCAAUCCAAAUGCAGAAGUUCUCAACAAAUCCGCCGCUCUGCACAUGAAUAUCAAUGCCGCGAAGGGCUUGCAAGAUGUCCUCAAGAGCAAUCUCGGUCCUAAAGGAACAAUCAAAAUGCUUGUGGGUGGUGCUGGAGAUAUUAAGCUCACCAAAGACGGCAACACUUUGCUUAAAGAAAUGCAAAUUCAAAAUCCCACAGCAAUCAUGAUAGCACGAACAGCUGUUGCUCAGGACGACAGCAGUGGAGAUGGUACUACUUCUACCGUGAUUUUUAUAGGCGAACUUAUGAAACAGUCAGAGCGUUACAUUGAUGAAGGCAUGCAUCCACGUGUCCUGGUUGAUGGUUUUGAGAUUGCCAAAAGAGCAACUCUUCAAUUCCUUGAACAAUUUAAGACUAAUGUUGUGGUUGGUGAGGAGCCGGACAAAGAGAUCCUUAAAAUGGUGGCAAGAACGACACUAAGAACAAAGUUGUAUGAAGCAUUGGCAGAUCAAUUGACUGAUAUAGUAGUUAAUGCAGUGCUCUGUAUUCGUAAACCAGAAGAAGCCAUUGACUUGUUCAUGGUGGAAAUCAUGCACAUGCGUCAUAAGUUUGAUGCUGACACUCGCUUGGUUGAAGGUCUUGUCCUUGAUCACGGCUCUAGACAUCCUGAUAUGAAACGGAGGGCUGAGAAUUGUUUUAUUUUAACCAGCAACGUUUCUCUGGAAUAUGACAAAAGUGAAAUAAAUGCUGGAUUUUUCUACUCUAAUGCGGAACAGAGGGAAGCCAUGGUUGCUGCUGAAAGGCGUCAGGUUGAUGAAAGAGUUAAGAAAAUCAUUGAAUUGAAAAACAAGGUUUGUGCAGGUAAUGACAACAACUUUGUUAUCAUAAAUCAAAAAGGAAUUGAUCCCCCAUCUUUGGAUAUGCUCGCAAGGGAAGGGAUAAUUGCCCUUCGUAGAGCCAAGAGAAGAAACAUGGAAAGGUUGGUUUUGGCCUGUGGAGGAGAGGCUAUAAAUUCUGUUGAAAAUCUUGCUCCUGAUUGCCUUGGAUGGGCUGGACUGGUUUAUGAACAUGUUCUUGGGGAAGAGAAAUAUACAUUUGUGGAAAAUGUGAAGAAUCCCCAUUCGUGUACAAUCUUGAUCAAGGGACCUAAUGAUCACACGAUCGCUCAAAUUAAGGAUGCUGUCCGUGAUGGUCUUAGAUCUGUUAAAAACACCAUCGAGGAUGAAUCCGUUGUCAUGGGUGCCGGAUCCUUUGAGGUUGCUGCCAGACAACAUUUGAUAAACGAAGUGAAGAAAACAGUAAAAGGACGCGCUCAACUUGGCGUCGAAGCUUUUGCCAAUGCCCUUCUUGUGAUUCCCAAGACACUUGCUGAGAACUCUGGGCUUGACACUCAGGAUGUGCUCAUUGCUCUUAAGGGAGCGCAUGACCGGGGCAAUAUUGUCGGGCUAAACCAGCAUACAGGAGAACCAAUCGACCCCCAAAUGGAGGGUAUCUUUGAUAACUACACAGUGAAGCGCCAACUUAUCAAUUCUGGGCCUGUAAUUGCGUCGCAGUUGCUCUUGGUGGACGAGGUAAUUCGUGCUGGGCGCAAUAUGCGCAAACCUACUUAGGUAGGUUUGACAUGUAAUUAGCCUUGAUGAUCUGCUAGAUUGAGUGUUGAGCUACCUUCUUGGAGGUAUUUAUUAACUAUUAUUAGGCCGGCAGUGAUAUUUGGUUCACAUGGUGGUUUGUGUGAAGUACAGCGGUGGGUUUUGUGCUUGAAUACAGGUGAUUGAGCGAAGCAGCUUUACCGAGUGAAAUUAGUCAGUUCUUGAAAGUGAAGCCGCACUCGCCUUUCGAUUCCUAUUCGAAACUUCUCUCUCGAAGAAAGCUCUGUUACGCGUACCUUUUGGUAAAUUUUUUUUGCAUUUUAAUACUUUCUUCCUAAACGUCUAUUUCAAAUUUCGAUCUUAUUUUAAAGCUUGAAGUUUCUUCCCA